AUGGCCGAAUUGGAGAGUCGGAGUCUGGAAAUCAGAUCGGUCGCCUUGGCCGCUUGGGCGCUGGCCCUUGUGGCCGUCGUCCUGCGUGUAUGCGCUCGUGCCUUUAUCAUGAAGGCAUUUGCUGCCGACGAUUGGCUCAUGGUGGCCGCAAUGAUCGCUUUCACUGCCAGUACUGUUACGUGUGUGCUGGCAACCAUAGAAGGUUCGGGAAUGCAUACAGCGGAAGUACCACCGGAACGAAUUGAGAAUGCGUUGAUGUGGUUAUAUGCCUGCUAUCCCAGUAUCGCAGUCACUCUCGCUACCUCGAAGCUCUCCGUCGGCUGCUAUCUCUUACGUAUAACGAAUAAGAGGGUGCAUCGCUGGAUCAUCUUCCUCGCCCUCGGUGCUACAAUCGUUGCUAGCUCCAUUUUCUUCUUUGUCACUGUUCUGCAGUGCAGGCCGAUCUCCUUUGCGUGGGAAAAGAUCAGCGAAACGGGGACCUGCAUUGACAUCGACACGAUCAUCAAUAUCAUGUACGCUUAUAGCGCACUAACACUCUUCACCGAUAUCGCCUUCACCUUGUUGCCUGCAUGGCUGGUCUUUCACCUCCAGAUGAGCCUCAAGACGAAACUAGCUCUAACUCUGGUUCUCGGCAUGGCGUGCCUUGCCAGCACUGCCGUUAUCAUACGCUUCCCGCACCUUCGAGACUUCAAGGACCCCGAUCCCCUGUGCAGGCUGGCCAAUUUCUUCUUUGUAGGGGCCUCUUCUACCAUCUCGAUCUGGACGCAGAUCGAAGCCAGUCUCGCGAUCACCGGAGGCAGCUUUGCCACGCUCCGACCUCUGUACCGGAUCCUACUUGUCAAGCUUGGGCUAACGACCAAGUCGACACCGACCUACGGCCGCAGCGGCGCCAUCGAGCACAACUGCCCCGGCGGCGGUGGCAAUAGCAGCAACUUUAACAAGAGUCGACAGACGGCGCGCAACAUGUUUGGCAUGACUACGUUCAACCGGAUGGAGGACGACGGGACUGACGACGAGGAGUCGAGCGGCCGCGGAGAAGCUAUCGCCAGCACGACAGAUCUCCACAGCAAGACACCCGCCGAGAUUAUAGUUGCGCCGAGAGUGUAGAGGGGCCAGUGGGUUGUGGUUGGUUGGUUGGGUGUGGACCAUGGGGCGGCCAGAGCUAUGAACGACUGGUGCACCCCUGACUUCGAAUUGCCUACGGAGUGGGAGUUUCCAUGCUGUAAAUCCCUUGUUUACAUGUAAAUCUAUUCAUUUUCAACUAGCACCUUUAUU